CGAUUUAUUAUUGUCAAAAUUCUUAAAAAGAAAAGGAAAAAAAAAAAAAAGAAAAAAAAAAAAAGAAGAAAGAAGUGGAAUCCGAAUCCGUUGGCUUACCUCAUCUCCCGCAUUCCCCCUCCUAUUCUCCCAUCCUCCUCCCGUCAGGAACUGGAGGGAAACUUCUAGCCACAAUCACCACCAAACCCUAGCAAUGGAGAAAGACAAGACCAGCAGCAAACGCUCUCGCGACGAGCGCGACCACCACAAGCAUCGCAGCCGCGACGGCGAUGAUAAGCGCUCCUCCAGGGACUCCGAUCACCACCGCCACCACCACCGGUCGGAUCGCAAUUCCAAGCACGAACCCUCUCGUGACCACAAAUCUCGCCGCUCCCAUUCCCGCGAGCCGAGCCACGACCGCGAUUUGAAGCGCGAGCGGUCGCACGAGCCGCUGACGAGGGCCGAGAAGGAGGACGGGAGCAGAGACAGGGCUUCGAAGCACCACAGCGAAGGGAAGCGUGAAGAACGGGAGGAGUCACCGGAAAGGAGGCAGAAGAGGAAGGAGAGGGGACGGAGUGAGGAUAAGGGCGACGGCGAUGGCGGCGAGAAGAGAGCUAGGGUUUCGGAGGAGGGGAAAAAGGAGAGGAGGCGGUUUGAGGGUAGGGUUGAGGAGGAUGACAAUGGCGGCAGUCGCCGGAGCAGUGGGAGGUUUGAAGAUCGUCGGGUAAAGGAGGAAAAUGACGACGACGGGGCUAGGAGUGAUUCCGGCAAAGCAAAUGGGAGUGGUUCGGCGGAAAAUGGUUCUGCUCUUGAACCACUCGCUGUGGCAUCAGGGAGUUUUCCUGAGACCUCUUUAGCCCCUAGUCAUCCCCUUCCUACCAAGGUAUCUUCAAUUUCUACAACCCAUGAAAAUAAGGGAGUUAGUAUUACCAGAUCUCAUGAGGUUCCUGGAAAAUCUAGUACAGAUGGGACAUCUUCAACUGCUGGAAAAAGUGGAAGUCUGUCUCUUGAUGCUUUAGCAAAAGCUAAGAAAGCUUUACAGAUGCAGAAGGAACUUGCAGAAAAGUUAAAGAAAAUUCCUGUUCUGAACAAGGGUGCUAGCUCAAGUUCAGAUGCUAGCUCAAACCUGGGACCAAAAGAGGGGCCAAAGCUGGGAUCUAUCUCAUCUACAACUGUUGUCGCAGAGGCAGCAUCGAGUUCCUCAACCUUACCCGCUGCUAGUGCAGCAUCUGUGAAUCCAUCUGCAAGUGGCAUGACUGCUCCUGCUGGCCUUGCAGGCAUCCCCAGCUAUGAGGCUGUAAAACGUGCGCAGGCACUAGCUGCCAAGAUGGGAUUCCGCCAGGACCCAGAGUUUGCUCCUCUUAUAAACUUGUUUCCAGGACAAAGUACAGCAGAUGAGGCUGCCCCUCAGAAGCCUACAAAAGCCCCUGUUCUUCGCUUGGAUGCUCUUGGUAGGGAAAUAGAUGAGCAUGGAAAUGUAGUCAAUGUGACUAAACCAAGCAACCUCAGCACCCUAAAGGUUAACAUCAACAAACAGAAGAAAGAAGCAUUCCAGAUUAUUAAACCUGAUCUGGAUGUGGAUCCGGAAUCAAAUCCUCAUUUUGAUGAAAGGAUGGGUGUUAACAAAGCUAAACUGUUGAGGCCUAAGAGGAUGAGUUUCCAGUUUGUAGAGGAAGGAAAAUGGACUAGAGAUGCUGAACAUAUAAAGUUGAAGAGUAAAUUUGGAGAAGCGCAAGCCAAAGAGCACAAGGCAAAGCAGGCACAGUUGGCAAAGGCAAAGGCAGCACCUGAUAUAAAUCCGAACUUGAUAGAAGUAUCUGAGAGAGUCAUAACCAAAGAAAAACCAAAGGAACCAAUUCCUGAAGUUGAGUGGUGGGAUGUGCCCCUUUUGCAUUCUGGUACUUAUGGAGACAUCGUUGAAGGUAAUAAACCUGAAGAUACAAUAAAGUUGGAGAAACUUACUAUCUAUGUUGAGCAUCCUCGUCCCAUAGAGCCCCCUGCUGAGCCAGCUCCUCCACCACCUCAACCUCUCAAGCUAACCAAGAAGGAACAGAAGAAACUUCGUACACAGCGGCGUCUUGCUAGAGAAAGAGAAAGGCAGGAGAUGAUUAGACAAGGCCUGAUAGAACCUCCAAAACCUAAAGUUAAAAUGAGCAAUUUAAUGAAAGUUCUUGGCUCUGAAGCAACACAGGAUCCGACAAGGCUUGAGAAGGAAAUUCGGAGUGCGGCUGCUGAGCGUGAACAAGCUCACAUUGACAGGAAUACUGCACGCAAGCUCACUCCCGCUGAGCGCCGUGAGAAGAAAGAGCGGAAGCUUUUCGAUGAUCCAAACACACUGGAGACGAUAGUUUCAGUUUACAAAAUAAAUGAUCUAUCACAUUCGCAGACUCGGUUUAAAGUCGACAUUUUUGCACGAGAGAACCGUUUGACUGGAUGUGCUGUAAUUUCCGAGGGUAUUACUGUUGUGGUUGUUGAAGGUGGAAAUAAAUCCAUUAAGAGGUAUGGAAAGGUUAUGCUUCGGCGCAUAAACUGGGCCAAUGCCGUAAAAGAAGAGGAUGAGGACGAAGAUGAGCGAGAUGACAAACCUCCUAACGAGUGUGUGUUAGUUUGGCAGGGAAGUGUUGCCAAACCGGCCUUCAAUAAAUUCUCAAUUCAUGAAUGCAUUACUGAAGCUGCUGCCCGCAAAAUUUAUGCCGAUGCUGGUGUUGCUCAUUACUGGGAUCUUGCCGUCAAUUUUACAGAUGAUGAGAUAUAAUUGGUGAUGCUGCUGCUUUUGGUGAAGUACUUCCUCCAUCGGACUUUUCCUUAAACUUGAUCUGCUCUUCUUCGUGAUUUUGGUAACUAAUGAGUUCAUGAGGUUGCUCGAUGCAAUUUAUGAAAUAUAUGGGAUCGUAUAAUGCGUUGUUUGUAGCUUUACUUCUGUUAUAUCUGUAGACUUGCAUGCCCAUAUAAACCAUUUUGUUCCUGGGCGUGCGCAAUAUUCCAUCAAUUUGAUGAACAAUUUAUGCAAA